UUUACCCUCAGCCACCACCUUCGACACACAGGCCAAAGCGGCUCUUCUAGCCCGGGUAUAUCUGUGUACAUAAGUCUGCAAUGAACAAUUGCCUCACCCAUAUCAUCUAUCCAUCAUGACUAUCCAUGCCGUGAAUCUCGCUCUCCUGAAGAGCGCAAAGAACUCAGUCAUUGGCAACCCAACAGCCAAACUCGCCUUGGCGCACGACGAAGCAUUCAUAGCUGCACUAGUGGAAUGCGUCGGGAAUCCACUCUUCACGGCGGAUCCCCACGCUCUAGCAGAGCACAAUGAAGUCCGCUUAGAAGCGGCGCAUGUUAUCGCUUCCCUGUCGUACGGCUCCUCGGAUUCCUUGCGCUCACUCCUGAGGUUCAAUGCGCACCAAGCUUUCCUUUAUGCCCUCUCAGUCUUCCAGCCGGCGGAGUCUCCAAGGCUCAAGGCCGCCUUGGCCCGUGGAUUGCGAGCCCUUGCUGUGGCCAUCGCGGAUGCUGUAGGGCCUUCACAAUGGGGGCUACGACAUGACGCCCCGGUCGACGUACGGAACGAAGCGAGAAUGGCUCUUGACUACCUCUUCCAGGUUGACAUCCUGGACAUCUGCCUGCCACUCCUAACCGACCCCUCACUCCAGAUCAGCACACCCAUCGCACAGCUGCUUGGAUCCGCUAUCCGUAACGAGGCACAUCAGACUGUCGUUUCCGAAUGGCUGCCCUCGGUAGAGCGAAUGAAAGAGGUGAAAGGCAAACGCGGAUGGGAGAGGCUGGACAUCACCAAAUCGCCGAAUAGACAAGGGGCCUGGGUGACGAGACAACUGACGGCUCUACUGCAGAAGAAGGACACCAAGAUGCAAGAAGCUGUUCUCAGUGCCAUCGCAUGUCUAGCGCGAGACAACGCCACAGUUGCUGCAGGUCUGGCAAAGUCAUCGUCUGAGCGAGAGACAACAUUGUCUCUCGUCCUCUCAUUCUGUCGGUCGCGUGUUACUGACGUUCGUCUGGCCGCCUGUCAUUGCGCCACGCAGAUCGUUCGGGCAGGUUUCGGCAAUCACUCCCUGACUGUGGACGACUCACCAGUGUUGACUGUGAUGUACGCAGUCAACCACUGUAUCGAGUCUGAGUCUGAAACGCCGCAGACACGGACUAAGGCUUCCUUCAUACUAUAUAGACUCGUAAAGGACAAGAAGGAGCUCUGCGAAGUUGCUGAACAGCGGGGAUCCCUUGACAAACUUGCGAAGCUCAUCAAGGACAUCACGCCAACCGACCAGAGUCCCGAGUGGCAAGAAGAUGAGCUCGAGAGCGUGUCUUGUCUCCGAGAGGCUGCCUUCAUGGCCGUUGCGGCCAUCUCGCUCUUCCAUGACAAAAUCCGUUGUGAAGUGACAGAUGGACUCGGGCUUGUACCAGCGAUACAGGUGUCGCUUGCGCAUCCACACGUCGGCGUCCGGUACGCAGCAUGUCAAUGCGUGCGCUCGAUCAGCCGAUCUGUCGCCGUCCUCCGUACGAACAUCGUCGAUAGUGGGGUGGGCAUGGCGGCAUACAGGCUGUUCCAGAAGCACGAUGAGGAUAGACAAGUCACGUUCGCCGCGUCCUCUGUCGUUUGCAACCUUGUCAACGAGUGCUCGCCAUUGCGCGAUGUCCUGCUGGACCAAGGUCUGCUGCUGCGACUGAUGCAGCUACUGCAUUCAGGCGACUCGAACCUCCGUUUGAACGCCUUGUGGGCAGUCAAGAACUUGCUAUACCAUGCAUCCUCGGAUCUGAAACGUAGGACCAUGGACGCCAUCGGUUGGGAUAACCUCGCGAUUCUGCUCAUGGAUCCAGACCCUGCAGUCCAAGAACAAGCCUUCCAUGUCGUGCGCCACAUAGCCGAUGGCACGGACGACGUGGAACUGCUCUUCCAUGAGAUAGGCUGUGAUGUACUGGGGCUUGUGGCGCUGGGCAUGCAGUCGGACAACGACGACGUUCUGCACCAAGCAAUAUGUGUACUGGCCAACAUCGCCAACAGUCCUACGCGUCAAGACAACAUCCUCUCUAACACGCGUCUCCUAGAGGCGUUGAAGCAGUGUCUCACGGACAGCAAGGUGGGGGUCCGGCGACCCGCCGUCGGCUGCAUCCUCGAGCUUGUUAAGGCGAACCCGCGCAGUCACAAGGCGCUGCAUGAUGUCGGUAUUGACUCGACGUUGCGGCAUAUUGGCGACUAUGCGGGAGGUGCGAUGAGCAUGAGCCCGGUAGCGAGGUACUCAGCGGGUCUGAACCUUUCGAUGGAGGACGAGGUGAGGGAGAAGGCACGGGAGGCUUUGCAUUGGUUAGAGCAUGGUGCCGAGAUGUGUAUAUAGUCAUCCAGUGUUACGUGUUUUGUACGAUCGUUUUUGUGUUUCCGCUAUCCAUCGCUUUGGAUCGUUGUGAUGCUA